GGAGUAACGCUGUAAACCACAACACGCCUUUGUCAGGGCUUGUUUGGGAGCAGAGAGAAACAAGGAGGAGAGAUGAAGUGAACAUUUUUGGAGGAUCACUCAGCUCUAACACACCUUGGCUGGGUCUGGAUAAAAAAAAGUGGGCACUGCAAACCUGUGGAAGACAACGUCAAAGGAAGAAAGAGAGGGGGAUUUACUAAAAGUUCUUUCCAGUUCCGUCAAAAUCGCAAGCCAGGUGGCGAUGGGAUGGAUGUAACCAAGAAAAGCAAGCGAGAUGGCACGGAAGUCACCGAAAGAAUUAUCACUGAAACAGUAACCACAAGACUUACCUCCUUACCACCAAAAGGGGGGACCAGCAAUGGCUAUGCCAAAACGGGCUCUCUCGGUGGAGGGGGCCGGCCAGAGAAGCAAAGCCUGACCCAUGGUGGCAGCAGCUACACAAAUUCCAGUGGAAGCUUACGAGGCAACGCCUCCACUUCCAGUUAUAGGAGGGCUCACUCCCCUGCCUCCACCCUGCCCAACUCGCCUGGCUCAACUUUUGAGAGGAAAACCCACGUUGCCCGCCAUGGAAUGUACGAAGGGAGCUCCAGUGGCAACUCCUCCCCGGAGUACCCUCGGAAGGAGUUCGCAUCUUCUGCAACCCGAGGACGGAGCCAAACGCGAGAGAGCGAAAUUCGAGUACGGUUGCAGAGUGCAUCGCCAUCUACCAGAUGGACAGAGUUGGAUGAUGUCAAGCGUUUGCUCAAGGGCAGCCGAUCCGCAAGUGCCAGUCCCACCCGGAACUCGUCCAACACACUCCCCAUCCCCAAGAAAGGCACCGUGGAGACCAAAGUAGUGACAGCGAGCUCUCAGUCAGUGUCGGGCACCUACAACACCACUAUCCUGGAUGCCAACCUGCCCUCCCACAUGUGGUCCUCCACCUUGCCUGCGGGGUCCUCCAUGGGGACCUAUCACAACAACAUGACAACCCAGAGCUCCUCCCUCCUCAACACCAAUGCCUACUCAGCAGGAUCAGUCUUUGGAGUCCCGAACAACCUGGCACCCUGCUCCUCAACCCUGCAGCCCGGACUCAGCUCCUGCUCCUCAGUGUUUGGGGUACAGAACAACCUGGCUCCCAGCUCGACUGCUCUGUCCCAUGGCACAGCCACCGCUUCUGCAGCAUACGGUGUGAAGAAAAAUGUGUCCCAGACCCCUGCUGUUGUGAGCACCAGCAUGUCCACCACCUCCACCGCCUGCACCACCAACAUCCAAAGCGAUGACAGCUUGCACAAGGACUGCAAGUUCCUGAUCCUGGAGAAAGACAACGUGCCCUCCAAGAAGGAGAUGGAGCUGCUGAUCAUGACCAAGGACAGCGGGAAGGUCUUUACCGCCUCCCCCGCCAGCAUUGCCGCAACUUCUUUUUCAGAAGACACGCUGAAAAAAGAAAAGGAGGCUGCCUACACUGCUGACACCUGCCUACAAGCGGAAGCCAAUGGAGAUGUGAAGGCUGCGUCCACCAAGGGCAAGUCUGCCUCCAAAGAAAUCCACAGUUAUGACCACUUCAGUGGAGGCGGCAGUGGAGGCGGCAGUGGCAGCGGUGGGGGACCGUGGGGGGCCGCGCCCGCCUGGUGCCCCUGUGGCUCCUGCUGCAGCUGGUGGAAGUGGCUGCUGGGCCUGCUGCUCACCUGGCUGCUGCUCCUGGGGCUGCUCUUUGGCCUCAUUGCUCUGGCGGAGGACGUGAGGAAGCUGAAGGCCCGUGUGGACGAGCUCGAGAGGAGCCGGGGUGGCGUACUUUACUACGAGGACAAGAUGGAGAGGGGCCACAGGGAGCGCCUGCAAGGGGCCACGCCCGGUGAGGGGGCCGGCGCAGGCAAGGCCGGAUUCGAUGGUGGCUUCAGCCAGGAGGAGCUGUGGGUGUUCGUGAGGAACAAGCUGAUGCUGGAGCAGGAGAAGGGAAACCUCCGAGGAAGCCCUGGCCCUAAAGGUGACAUGGGAAUUCAAGGUCCAAAAGGAGACCGAGGCCUUCCUGGGACUCCAGGUAUCAUUGGGCCCUUGGGCCACCCCGGCCCAGAAGGACCAAAAGGACAAAAAGGCAGUGUGGGAGACCCUGGUAUGGAAGGACCCAUGGGCCAGAGAGGGCGAGAAGGUCCCAUGGGACCUCGUGGUGAACCAGGGCCUCCUGGAUUUGGGGAGAAAGGAGACAGAGGGGCUGCUGGCCAACCAGGUCCUCAGGGUCCUCCUGGUGUCCCAGGUUCUGUGGGUUCCAAAGGGUCCAGUGGCUCUCCUGGCCCCCAGGGGCCCCCAGGCCUGACUGGUCUCCAAGGGCUCCGAGGUGAAGUAGGACUUCCUGGUGUGAAAGGUGACAAAGGACCCAUGGGACCGCCAGGACCCAAAGGUGACCAGGGUGAGAAAGGACCCCGAGGCCUCACAGGCGAGCCUGGCAGCAGAGGUUUACCUGGGGCUGUGGGCGAGCCCGGAGCUAAAGGACCAAUGGGCCCUGCUGGCCCCGAUGGACUCCAAGGUCCAAGAGGUGAAAAGGGCCUGAUGGGUACGCCGGGAACCCGUGGCCCGCCGGGACCUUCUGGAGACCCGGGAAAGCCAGGUCUCACAGGACCCCCAGGACCUCAGGGACUUCCCGGGACCCCUGGCCGACAGGGGAGUAAAGGUGAUCCAGGCACCCCAGGCAGUUUCCUGACUUCAGAGGGCUCAUCCAUGGUCACUGUCCCAGGCCCCCCAGGGCCUCCUGGAGCCAUGGGACCUCCAGGACCUCCAGGUUCCCCAGGCCCCGCCGGCCCUGCUGGUCUGCCAGGACAGCAAGGCCCGAGAGGUGAGCCAGGACUCGCUAGCGAGUUGUCUGUGGGCACCGGCACCUCCAUCUCCGAGAUCAUCUCCUCCCAAGGCAUUGAUUUACGAGGCCCGCCAGGCCCGCCGGGGCCCCGAGGACCGCCAGGGCCAGCUAUCCCAGGGCCCCCAGGACCCCGAGGCCCACCAGGGGAAGGCUUCCCAGGCCCCCCGGGCCCCCCAGGAUCUCUCCUGACCACCUCAGAAACCUUCUCUGGCCCCCCGGGCCCACCUGGCCCCCCAGGCCCCAAGGGAGACCAAGGUCCCCCGGGCCCCCGAGGACACCAAGACACCGGUUCUCUUGGAUUCAACCUGCAGGGACCGCCAGGCCCACCUGGUCCACAGGGACCCAAAGGUGACAAAGGUGAUCCUGGUGUUCCUGGUGGUCCCUCUCGAGGGGGCUCAUCGAGCACCACCUAUACAGCAGGCCCGCCUGGCCCACCAGGGCCCCCUGGGCCUCCGGGCUCCCUCAGAAGCUCCAGCCUGGAGAUCCAGCAGUACAUCUCUGAGUACAUGCAGAGCGACAGCAUCAGGGCCUAUCUUUCUGGAGUUCAGGGUCCCCCGGGCCCACCUGGUCCCCCAGGGCCCGUCGUCACCACCGCAGGCGAGACUUUUGACUACACAGCGCUGGCCAGGCACGUUGUGAGCUACUUGCGGGCUUCGGGCUACAACAUCGGCAGGUCCUCUGGCUCCAUCUCUGCGGAAGACAUCCUGGCCAUGCUGCAGCGGGAUGAUGUACUCCAGUACCUGCGUCAGUACCUGACGGGCCCUCAGGGUCCCCCGGGGCCACCAGGCGCCAGUGUGGAUGGGUCCUUCCUGUCGUCUUUGAACUACGCGGAGCUGAGCAAUCGUAUUCUCAGCUACAUGUCAAGUUCUGGCAUCAGCAUCGGGCUUCCUGGCCCGCCAGGCCCCCCUGGCCUACCGGGGACAUCUUAUGAGGAGCUGCUUGCCUUGCUCCGAGGGUCUGAAUACAGAGGCAUCAUUGGGCCCCCAGGCCCUCCAGGCCCACCCGGGAUCCCAGGCAACUCGUGGUCCAGCAUCAGCAUGGAGGACCUCUCGUCAUACUUGCACACUGCUGGCUUGUCAUCCAUCCCAGGCCCACCAGGCCCGCCUGGCCCCCCAGGUCCUCGAGGGCCCCCCGGUGUCUCAGCAGCUCUGGCAACCUAUGCAGCUGAGAACAACGACAACUUCCGGAGUGAGCUGAUCAGCUACCUCACAAGCCCUGAUGUGCGCAGUUUCAUCGUUGGCCCCCCGGGGCCCCCAGGGCCCCAGGGCCCCCCUGGAGACAGUCGCCUGGUGUCAAGAGACGGCUCCUAUGGUUGGAGUAGCAGCUCUUCCGUCCGACGGGGCUCCUCCUACAGCUCUUCAGUGGGCGCCGGAGGAGCCAACAGAGGCUCCUUGGGAGAAGGUGCAGCCUUUGGUGCAGGAGACGGGGGCCCCUAUGGCACUGACGUCGGUGCGGGCGGAGGCUAUAGGACGGCAGCAGAAGGUGGUGUGUAUGGAAGAAACGGUGACUCACUCCGGGCUGGCUUCGGUGGAGACCUGGAUUACAACGAGCUGGCUGUGCGGGUGUCAGAGAGCUUGCAGCGUCAGGGCCUGCUACAAAGCAUGGCCUACACUGUCCAGGGCCCACCUGGCCAGCCUGGGCCCCAAGGGCCCCCCGGCAUCAGCAAGGUCUUCUCUGCCUACAGCAACGUGACUGAGGACCUCAUGAACUUCUUCCGAACUUACGGAGCCAUUCCAGGACCGCCUGGGCAGAAGGGAGACGUGGGCACUCCAGGACCUAAAGGCGACAGGGGCCCUGCCGGACCACGGGGUCUUCCUGGACCACCUGGCUCUCCAGGGCACAAGGGGGAGAAGGGAGACAAAGGUGACCAAGUCUACAUUGGGCGGAGGAAGAGGAGUGUUGCCAGCAAGCCAUGAGCUGGCCUGGGCGGAGCGGCCGCUGCGCCAGUUCUCACAAUGUCUGCGGGCCUGUAUGUCAGAUUUCUCUCCAGAGGUAAAGCUGGAGUCUGUAAGCGUCCUGCUGAGACAGUCGCCUGCCAGCUAUGUUUAGCCAAACAAAAGACACGUAGAGAAUUCAAAGAUACACGACGUGGAACAGCCUCACGGGGUGGCCCUGAAGAGUAGUCGCAAUGUUCUAGGAUGAAACUUACUUCCCUGCUAUCUAGAUCGAAGUGCCCUGGCUUCUUUAACACUUAGUUUGAACCCCAACCUAGGAAAGCUAGUAACACAGAAAGUGGCUUAGGAGGCUCAGGGCUUUGCCUAAAAGCGAGCCCUAAAAAUGGAAGAUGGGGCUUCGGUGCCUCCCUGGAGGUGACAUGUGAGGGCGUCUUCUGGUUACUGUUGCAAAGCCAAAUGUCAUCUUCUUACUCCCGUUCACUCUGCGUCCUCCAGUCACGGAAGAAUUGGCUAAGAAGUGACUCUCGCAACGGAACACAUAAAGAAACUCACUUCCUCUGCAAGAGGUGACAGUGUUUUUAACGGCUAUUCCACUUGCUGAGAAAGUCUGAUCAUAGCUUUGAUCUGUACCCACAGGUCCAAGCUAGCGUUCACAGAUACAUGAUCCUGCACUAGACGGCAGAAACGGGGCACGAGUGGCAGCGGGCAAGGAAGGAGGGAGGAGGGGAAGCGAACACCUGAUGCUGGGGAAGGCGCUUCUGCCCGUGGUGUCACUCUCUUAGGAAAUGGCAUGGGGGGCUGAGCAUAGCUGGCUUAUAAGCACUUUUCACUGCCUAAACACAUAUGUACGUGGUCUGUAAGAUGAAAUGUCAUUUCAAGUGUAAAAUUUCCAAUUAAAUUUUUUCUUUUUUAGUAUGUUUAAUGUGAACAAUCUGAACAAAAGGUUAAAAAAGGUAUUCUGGGUUCAUCAGGCCUGAUACUUUCAUUACAUACAUGAGAAAAGAAAACCACUUGUAUGACACACUUCUAGCAUUCUGUUUACUCUCUGAGAUGUCUGAAGGCAGCCUUUUUGCAACUAUGAACUCAAUCUGGAAACAUCUCGAAGCACCUGAAGGUCUUUCCUAAGCACAGAUGUCGUGAAGUAAACACAGGUGCAACACAUGAGCAACAGGCUUAUCUGCGAUUAACGCAGUGACUUAUCCUGGGGCCAAUCGUGAUGGCAGGGUAAGUAACAUGUGGACCAUCGAGGCUCCUACUAAGGGAAAAUGUACGAGUAUCACCUGCCCCAAAGAAACCCACAGUAAAAUCAGACAUCCCAAUUCUGAAGAGGCUGCACUCGGCCAACUUAUAAAUUUGUUAGAAGUUCUAACUCUCAAUCGCUUAUUAAACACGGAGCUACAUUAAAUCUACUUCUGUAACUCUACUCUUCUGAAAAGCUUUAUUCUCCUAUCUGGCCUUUGCUGAGGACCUCACAUACUUCCUGGAGAAAACAGCUGACUUCCACCGUAUCCAUCAGCUGGAGCAGCACCCACCGAUCAAGUACGUUCUGCAUGGACUUCCGGCUCCACUGUUAUGUCCCAAUAGCUACCUACUUUGAAUCGACACGGGAAUUUCUGAAAGGGAGUUCAUAUGGCCGGCAGAAUGUCAAACUACUUAUUUUACUGCCUAAUGAAAACUUAAUAUUGUGUCAAAUGCAUGAAUGAAAUGUACCUUUUACAGUUUUUAAAAGAAUUCAUCAGUUUUACCCAAAACAUGAAUUUACUUUUACUUUUUAAA